AUGGCCCAUUGGAGAGAGGAGUACCUGGCUGCACUGGCAGUGCGAGAUCAUCGAGAAAAGGCCAAUCUCACCAUUUACGAUGCUUAUACCCGACUCGCAGAUAGCUCGGCCAAAGCUCCUCCUGCCAUAGAACUAAGUGGGAACUUAUCAGGCGAGAGAAGGCUCGCAGCUAGCAAUGAAACCCAGAAAGUUGCCCAUUCUCAAUCCACGGCCGCCAAAAAACAUCAGACAGAAGCGGGACCGUCAAUAACAGACCUUCUGAACACUACUCGCACAGAAUUAGCUGAAGCACAGCGUUCUCGCGCUGAACUACGAGAUCGCCUGGACCAGACUACUAACGAGGCGGAAAAACUCCGAAAGAAGAUCAGCCAAGACGGCCGACGAAUAAACUCGCUGGAAGGCGAAGUGGCGCAACAGCAGAAACGUCUGAAAGAUGUCGAUGAAGAGUUGAGAGGAAAGGCCAAAUUGCUUGACGACUUCCAAGAUGAAAUAGCAGCGUUGAAUCUUCAGAUGAACAUGGCCGAGCAAAAGGCUGCCAGGCUUGAACGCGAGAACAGGGAGCUUGUUGAUCGUUGGAUGGCGAGGAUGGGCCAGGAAGCCGAUGCUAUGAAUGACGCCUCUAAGUUUUCAUGA